AUGGCAUUGGAAAAAGGUCAAGAGGCGUCUCUUUCGCGCCAUGUGGAAGAGCCGUUUGACGACAUCUCCACCACCAAAGCUGGUGAGACUAUGAGUGACGAGACGGAGGGUCCUGAGUGGCUUGCUACGGAGAAGAAACUCGUCAGAAAGCUGGACCUGACGCUACUGCCGGUCGUGUGGUUGUUGUACAUGUUUAAUUAUCUGGACCGCAAUAACAUUGCUCAAGCCCGGCUGAACAAUUUCGAAAAAGACCUCGGUCUUGUUGGCGAGCAGUUCAAUGUUGCUGUCUCCAUCCUCAACGUCGGCUACAUGCUCGCUCAACUUCCAUCCAACAUGGUCCUCACGCGAGUCCGACCCAGCAUCUAUCUACCAUGCUGCGUGGCCAUCUGGUCCUGCGUGUCUGCUGCCACCGCCGGCGUAAAGAGCUACUCUGGCCUGCUGGCCGUCCGCUUCAUGCUCGGCAUCAUUGAGGCGCCUUUCUUCCCUGGUGCAUUCUACCUCCUCUCCUGUUGGUACACGCGGCGAGAACUGGCCCUCAGAACGGCCGUCUUGUACUCUGGCCUUGUCAUUGCGACGGCCGUAUCGGGACUUAUUUCGGCGGGUGUGUUUGCAGGUCUGGACGGCUCGCGAAAUCUAGCUGGCUGGCAGUGGCUGUUUAUCAUUGAGGGGGCGGGCAGUUUUGGAGCUGCGCUGAUUGCGUUUUUCCUGUUGCCAGACUAUACUGAUUCCACGACGGGUAGCACCACGUGGUUGUUUUCUGAAAAGGAGCGCCGCGUUGCUGCCAGGAGAAUCAUACUAGAUCGUGUGUCUGUGCCGGAGGGAAAGCGUUCUGUCUGGAGUGGACUUGGAACGGCAGUCCGUGACUAUCGGACCUGGAUAUUCGUUCUCCUCCUAUGUUCAAACCACACAGCCUACGGCUUCAACAACUUUCUCCCAACCAUCAUGCAAGGCUUCCACCUCGGCUCAACAACAACAACCCUCGCCCUCACCGCACCGCCGUACCUCGUCGGCGCAAUAGUCUCCUUCGCAGUAGCAUACUCGAGCGACCGCAACAAAGAACGCGGCUGGCACAUCUCCGUGCCCAUGCUGACCGCCAUGGUAGGCUUCAUCAUCUCCGUGGCGACGCUCAACGUGCCGGCGCGGUACUUUGCCGCGUUUCUGUACUGCUCGGGCUGCUUUGCCGCCAAUUCAAUGGUGUAUUCGUGGGCGGCGUCGGUGCUCAACGACACGCCGGAGAAGAGGGCGUGCGCGACGGCCAUUGUGAAUCUGCUGGCGCAGCUCGGGAAUAUAUGGAGUCCGUACUUCUUCCCGUCGACGGAUGGGCCGCGCUAUGUGAUGGCCAUGUUGUUGAUGAUGGGGUUUUCGGUGCUGAGUGUGGUGUCGGCUUUGUCGAUGAAGAUUAUUUUGAGGAGGGCGAAUAAGAGGUUGAUUGAGGAGGGGGAGAGGACUGGGCGGAGUGUGAAUCUUUACACUUUGUAG